AUGGCACCCACUUUUGCAGCGGCAACGGUAGCAGAGAAGAGACUGGAGCCACCUGAACCUGUUGAACCUCCUGUUCCCAAGGAGGUUGUGGUUCCCCCGCGCCCCAAACCAGUUCCGGUGGUCGAGCGACCACCAAAGGACGAGGCCGCCUUGGAUCCAGAGGCUCUGAAGAAGGAGGACCGCGAGAUUGCUGCGGCCACCUCAGGCAAGGUGGCCGCACCUGCCGCCGCCGUUGGUGGUGGAGGCCAUCCCCCGGUCACUGCCGCCCCCGUUGCAGCAGGCCCCGAGGCCAAGAAACAAGAGGCUCUCCUCGAGAAGAUUGCCCAGGAGCAAAAGGUGCAGAAAAAGAUGCUGGAAGACCUGCAGCGCGAGCUCAAGCAGGAGCUGGCCAAGCACAAGCAAGACGACUCCCCGCAGACGCAGAAGACCAAUGGCACUGCGGACGCCGCUAGGCCAGUCGUAGCACCCGCGAAAGUGGCUGCAUCGGCAGGAUCUCUCGCCGGCGCAAGACCAGAAGCACCGAAGGCACUGCCUCCAGCAGCAGUCGCAGGCAAUAUUCCGCCCCUCCAGAGACAAGGGAGCCAACUGCCACAAAAGGUUCCCGUUGCCCAGAACGUCCCGCAGCCAGUCUUGAACCAAGCUGCUCCAAUGCCUGCUCAGAACUUGCAGCAGAACUUGCAGCAGGGCUUGCAGCAACAGCAAGCUCAGCGCGUCGAACAGAUCGUCAAGGUCCCCUUGUCAAUAGGCGUCCAGCCCGUUGCGCAGAGCUUUCAACACGUUCCUGCGAACCAGCAGCUCCCAAAUCCCGCUCUCCCUCUCGCCCAAUUUGGUAAGAAGGAGGAGGCCGGACGAACCGACUCUCCGGAUGUGAAGGCCGUCCACCAACAACAGCCUCUGGCGAUGUCACCAAAAGCCGCCGUACCGCCUCUCCUGCCGCAGGCUCCGAGACAGGGCAUGAUGCACCAGCCUCAGAUCAGCAUUCAGAACGCGGAGGCUCAGAAGCAGCGGCCCGUCGUUCCCGCCGUCGACUCCCUUCCAAAAGCGGGAGGGGGCGCAGUAAAACCAUUGGACAUCAUCAGGCGUCGUCAGGAAGCACAGCAGCCGUUGCAGCAGCGAAUUCCUGUAGUCCCCGAAAGCAAGCCGAGCUUAGUGCAACAGCCCAAGCCUGUUCUGAAGCAGGCUCCGCAAGUCCUUCCGCCGGACAUGAGCCAGUUUGCCAAACAGGCCGCGCAAGUCAAAGCCGAGGCUCCCGUGAAGUUCCUCGGCAAGCCUCUGGGAGGGAACGAUCAAGCGCCUCCUGUGGCAGCGGUCCAGGAAGCCGACAACCGGCCGCUAGUUCGCAAGAUGUCCAGAGACGUCAAGCGAGAGGCGCCCGCGGUGGCAGACGGUCCAAUUGUGGUCGAUGCAGUUGUAUCAAAAGACGCUGUAGUUCCCUUAGAUGCAGUUGCAUCCAAAGAUGCCGCAGUUCCUGUUGUGCAAACUGCUUUACCAGUGACAGACAGCCGAAAAGACGUUCCUGCUGAGAAUGUGAAAGCGGUGGUCAUUAGUGAAAUGCCAGUGAAACUGGAACCCAAGGAGAACAUCUCCCCGAGUCUUCCAAGCCGUGUGCCGGCGGACGUGAUGCUAGCUAAACAUGAGAUUAGGAAGUGAACGCGAAGGAUAUGCGUGCGUGCACGUGCAGAAACAGAACUGGGCAUUUACGGUGUAUUCUUGUGAAUGUGACAUAUGUCGGUGCUGUGCACUGCAAACUGUUGUGUUCUUUCCAGAGUAUAAUAAUAUAUUUUUCGUUUUAUAUUGUAAUAAAUGCACUAUUUUUAGUCACCAUGUCA